AUGUCGUCGAGGCAGAUCAAGCGCGUCACCCUCACUUCAAAAAAAAACUGGUGGAUGGUUGAGUUCGACGAAGAGGGCACUGGCGCAGAUCCACCGUCCAUCGGUACCCCGACCACGGAAGAACCCCGCGCGAACGACUCACAACAUGAGCGCACGCCCCGCACGCUGCAUCGCCAGACACCGCGCACCUACGAGACAACCUCGCACGCCUCCGCACCCAUAUACACCCCGCCGACGAACCCCAGUACGAUCUUCUCCUUCCCGACCCCUACCUCCUACUCCGCGCCCCCGAACCCGACCCAGCACCUCGCGCCCGUCGCCGCGGGGUCCGCGUCGGAGCUGUUCAAGUGCGUGGUGAAGAAGCCGAACGUGGUACAGCUCGAGAUCAACGGCGAGAUGCAGUCGAACGCGAAGGACGUCACGACGCAGUUCCUCGCGGAGCUGCGCGUGUACACCACGCUCGCGCGGCACCGCAACAUCACCGCGUUCCUCGGGUGCCUGGAGAACGUCGGGAUGGUGCUCGAGUACCUCGAGGGGCGCACGCUCUACGACGUGAUCCGUGAGCAGAAAGACACGCUCUCGCGCGCGAAGAAGGUUGACUACCACAACCAGCUUCUGGAUGGGCUCACGCACCUCCACGCGUAUGGGCUCAGCCACGGGGACAUCUCGCUCCUCAACAUCUUGGUCGCGCACUCGAUGGACACGAUCAAGCUCUUCGACUUCGGGCGCUCUGUCUCCGCCGAGUCGACGUACGCGUCCCCAGACGAUGAUCUUCACGAGCAGCCCCCUCCACUCCCACCUUCCCGCAACAACUCGCGUUUCGGGCACAGGCCACCCCCUACUCCACUGCCACAAUUUGCCGCACUCCGCAAGGUCGAGCAGAUCUACCCUGGGACACGUCCGUUCUCCGCCCCCGAGAUCCUGCGUGGAGAAUGCGUAGACGCGCGGCUUGCGGACGCGUAUAGCUUUGGCAUGAUCCUGGUGUGUCUCGACCGGUGCGAGCUCGUCGAUGUCAAACCAUGGGACCAGAGAAAGGACAAGCUUCCGAAAGGGUUCUUGGACGGCCUUGACGUGUUCGGCGAUCGGUGCGUCGAGUACCUGAAACGCUGGGACCAAGGGCGGCGGCGGCUACUCAAGUCGGACAUGAUAGACGUCGACGUGUCCAUGCACUCCUGAGAAUCGCGUACUGCGCGGUCUUUAAUUCACAGCACCCUCCGCCUCACGGCGGUGCUCCCACCCAUGCUCGUUCGGUCCUCAGCGCUCUGCCACAGCGCGUAUGGCCACUUCGCAGCAUCAAGAACGAUCUCUCUCCACUCAAUAUCAUCUUCGACGGACUAUCCAGAUUCCCAC